AUGUUAGACCACCUCGUAGGUCGUCCCAGCCCUUCGUGGAAGCGAGCCAAGGUAUUCUUGGUCCUAUUCUUUUGGUUCUGGCAGCUCGCCAGAGGGAAUGAAAGUGGGCCGCGUCUCCUAUGGAUAAGGAGAGUGAAUAGAAGACUCCAACGCUUCACGCCGUGGCAACUCAUUGUCAGCACGCUUACAGCCGUGUACGCUCUGCGUAACUUUGACAAGAUCCUUGGACUUGGAUCUCCAGAACCUCUCGCUAACCUUUACUCUCCCUCUUACUACCGCGCUACCUGGAUCGCGACCGGUCUCGAUGCAGGAUUUGCUACCGCCAUGACAAUCAGACCGAAAUGGCUGAAAGAUCUAUGUUCUAUUCUCUUCUCUGUAUAUUAUAUUAUAUAUACAAACGAAGCGGAAGAGAAGCUCCGUCGAUUCAGAGCAGUCCCGACUGUCGAAAUGCUUCGGACUACAUGGGAGAAAACAACACAUCCCUUCAUACGUGCUCUUGCGUAUAAACCACGCGUAUCGGUACGGAGGAAGAUACACUUGCCGCGGCCCAGAGACUCUGCGUACCAGCGGCCUAUUACAGCAUGGCUUUUCUUCGCACCACCAGAGAACAAGCUGAGUCGCGCCACGGACCUUAUCUUAGAUGUGCCCGGAGGGGGGUUUAUUGCGAUGACUCCGGAACACCACGAAGAGCGAUUGUGUAUGUGGGCUGCCCGUACCGGGAAGCCCGUGUUAUCAAUCGAGUAUGGCAAGGCUCCAGAGUAUCCUUAUCCCUUCGCAAUCGACGAGAUCUUCGAUACUUACCGCGUCUUGGUGGAGUCUGCCGGUCGACUGAUCGGUAUGUCGGGCAAGAAACUGAGCAUAAUUAUGUCCGGUGACUCAGCAGGGGCAUGCAUUGCUGUCAACUGCAUGAUCAAGAUCCUGGAGACCCAGUCAACGUUGCAACUCCCCAGUCCAACUGCCAUGGUGCUCAACUACGCUGCCCUGGACUUCAACUUCACCUCCUGGAUGUCUCCCGCGAACCUACAAGUCUUGCGAUCGGAACAGUCCUCCCGCCACAUCCCCGGGCUGGCCGAGCAAAAGGACCAUUUUGGGCAUAUCAGCCCGCUGUCCAUGGUGGGCGAUCGCAGGCUGCGCCGCCGGCGCCACAGCUGGCGGGAUGCGUUCAAGGACUUCAACUUCACCUCGCCUACUUCGCCGGCGACGGAGACGCCGCCUUUACGUAGGCGGAGCAGACCCAAGUCUGACUUGUUCCUUAAGAAGGACUGGAACCCGUACGUAGCCCGUGCAGACACCGGCAGCAUGGCGGACGAAGAAGACGAGGGGGACUAUAGUGAAGUGAAUGAAGAAGAUAGGCCCAUCCAGGCACGUGUGCGCGUCGCACCCCCUCCCUCCCUCAACGCGACGGAAUUGGAAGAACAGCAGCAGGAGCUUUCGCGUCAGGUUGCCCGGGCAGAUUCCGAGGUCCAGAAGAAGGAGAAAGCACCUAUUGGCACCAGGAUUACGAUGACCAGCCGCACCGGGUAUUUCCAAGAUCGAAUCAUCUCGCCUAGCAUGAUGCGCGCGAUGGCCAUUCUCUACAUUGGCCCGUACCGUAACCCAGACUUCGCGACAGACUACCAUAUAUCCCCGAUCCUAGCGCCCAGUCACCUUCUGGCACAGUUCCCGCCGCUUCUGAUGCAAUGCGGCGAGAAGGAUCCGUUCGUGGACGAUACCGUCAUCUUCGCUGGACGUGUCCGCGAGGCGAAGCGGGCGCGGAGAAGGGAGCUUGAGCUCGCCAUCUCCGGCAAGAGCGCCAAGUUCGGCGAGUCGCUGCGAAUGAGCGUCGCCGAAGGCGGGGAGUCCGUCAGCGCGAUGAGACGCGAGCUGGAGCGACUUUCGUCCGAGAGCGAGGACGACUGGGUGCAGAUGGUCAUCUACUCGGAAUGGAGUCACGGGUACCUGCAGAUGCCGACGCUCAUGAGCGAGGCACGGGCAGCCAUCAACGAUAUUGCCGAUUGGAUGGACGACGUCUUCAGCGCACGAAGCGGCGGAACGGCCGUGGAGGGUGCCCAAGGGCGAACCGCGGCUGGGCAUCAAGUGCGGGCUUCACGCGACAUCCCCAAGCAGAUGCAAAGCACACUGGCGGCGCCUGUUUCGAGGAGCGCGGAUAGAUCGAGGAGUCCGCUGACAUCAGAGACGGAGACCGACGAUCCCAUAACGUUCGUGCCCAAGAGACGCAGCCCGGCGUCUUCUGUCACGGAGGGCUCGGACAAGCCGCGGACGCCGUCGGGCGCAAGCAGCGCGAGCUCGGACGACACUCUGCACGAGGAGCCUCUGGACCAGUUCCCCAAGGGCGGUGAUCAGCGCCCGGCAGAUGGACGUAAAUCGUCGCCCCGACGGUCGGGCGGGACUGGGUCCAAGGGGACGUCCACUCCCACCAUCUCGGAGACCGAACUCAUGAGGCGGAGACGGCUGCUGGACUCUCAUAUAUUCGAGUGA